AUGGGCCCAGUGGUGGUGCUGGCCCUCCUUGUGUUCAAUUUCUUUACUGUUGUUCUGCCAAUUCUUGUCGUUCUGUUUCACGUGCUCCUUGCUCUCUGCUUCAUCCUUGUGUUGUCGACCGUCAUGCCCCAGAUGCCGCAAGAGGCUUCGCCCGCGCGUUCGUUUGGCCGAGCGGACGACGAGCAUGGAGAGGCGACAGCAGAGGGUGGAGCCUCCGGGGCGUCGUUUGCGCCCCGUCUAGGCGCCGGCAAAGAGCCGGUUGAGGCAGAGAAGGCUUUCCACGCCGUGCAGCGCCUCCUGGAUGUCUACCGCCGUACGUUUUGCGCGCACGGCCGGGGCGACGAGCGCUGCGCAGCGACAGCACGCGAAGAUGAAGAGAGACACUCUCGGGCUGUGCCGGCGAGUUCGACGCGCAGCGCAUACCCGAGCGCUUCUGAGCAGGCCGGGGCAGAGGCGAAGGACCGAAACGCGGAGACUGUCCCUCGAGCGAAUUCCUAUGGUCCGCGCAUGCAAAGCCCGGCAGGGGUUCUCGCUGCCUUGCCGUCCGGCGAGUGCCUGCUUCCUCUCAUUCUCCCUCCCGAAACGGAUGGCCCGGGGGGCGAGGCGCCUCUUCUCUGGCGCCGGAAACAGGAGGCGUUCGAGAAACUCCACACUGCGCUCCUCGGGCUGCCGCCGCCGAUUCUCGUGUCUGUGGAGCCGCCGCCGUUCGCUCUGCCGCUCGAUGCGCUCCUCUUCACCCCUUCGUCCUCGCAUACACACCUUCGGUUUCCCAGGGCCGACGGACACCCCCUGCGUCUGCGUCAAAUCUUCCUCCACGUACCCCUGUCGCGGCGCGAACAACGGUGGAUCGACGCUCUCCACGGCCUGCUGAAGAAGCAGUUUCGGCCGCUCUGCGAGACCAGCGGGAGAGACGGCUCGGAGAACGCGGCGCAGAAACGCGAGGACGCCUCGCGUGGCGACGCAGGCGCCCCGUCUGCGGAGGGGCAACCGGGCAGUGCCGGAGUGGCGGGCGAGGCCAGCGAGGAUUUCGAGUCUCUGCUCCGCCAAGCUGAGGCGCACGAGGCAGAGAGGGAACGCGAGAGACAGGCGAGCAGGAGCGCGCACGGCCAGAAGGGAAGAAAACGUGAAGACGCGGCCGGGCCGUACCCGGUCGCCUUGGAGCCUGUUCUGCUUCGCGUUUUGUGGCUGAUUUAUCGGGGACAGAGCAGGAAGUUUGCGCCGCCGGGGCCGCCAGACGAAGGCAGUUCGAAGCCGAAAGGAAGCCUCUCGACAGGGGCUGCGUUUCUCUGCACGCCUGGCGGGGCCGCGAACGGCGAGGCUGCGGCGAGCGCUGCAGGAGCGAAAUCCAGGAAUCACGUGGCCUUUCUGGGGGGCGAAAAGGACGAGAAGGGCGAGAAGGACGAGAGCGACGCGUGGACGGGGCACGCGGGCGCGGCGCAGGACACCAACGGGCGGUUUCUGGACUCGGGGAUGACCGAAAAAGAAGAAGAGGACGAGGCUCAGCAGCUGGCGAAGGCGGCGGCGGAGCACGUGGCGAAAAUGGUGGCGUUCCGCCGAGACAUGUUUCCGCUUUCCGACGCGGAGCCGAGCCUCGCGGAAGACUUGCGAAAGGGCUUGCUGUACUGGUGCGGGCGCGACGUGGCGAUGCGGCCCGUGCUGGUUCUGAACCUCCAGCGUUUGGACGCGCCGCUUCUCGAGCUCAGUCGGUUUCUCCGCCUGCUGAUCUUCGUUUUCGAGUGGGGUCUGCGGUAUCUCAUGGUCCCGGGGAAAGUCGAGACUUGCGUGGUGCUCCUGGACCUGCGCGAAGUCUCCCUCUGGUCGCUUCCGUACUCGUGCCUCCAGACGCUGGUCCAGACGCUCACGCUCCAGUACCCGUUUCGCCUCCGGAAAAUGUUUGUCCUGCACAACUCGCGACUCAUCAACGGACUCUGGAACAUCGCCAAGGGCUUCCUGACCGACGUCCAACAAGCGAAAGUCGCGACCUUCAAGGUCGACAAGGGGAAGGACUCCCCUGAGCUCAGCCAGCAACUCCUGAAACUCAUCCCGCCUUCGCAACUCGAGGCAAAGUACGGAGGAAACCGACCCAACAUCGACGCAUUCUAUUCCUUCCCCCUCGCCGCCCCCGCGCCCCUCCGAACGUCCCAGACUGACGCUCACGACCAGAAACCCGUCGAUAAGCCGAUGCCUGGAUGCUGGAAGGCUGCAGAUCUUCUGACGUCUUUCGGGGUGACUUGGGAAGCGGACUGUCGCCUCCCAGUCCAGUGGCGCCCUUCAGUGGCAGCGGCGAUCCUUCGAGACCGUCUCGCGAGGAGACACCACACGCGGCGGUCCUCGUCUUUGUCUUCGUGCUCCGGUGGAACUGCUUCAGUUGGGACUCCCGACGCAGCACCGGACGACGCGAGAAACAGUAGCGAGACGGCGGAAAAAGAGAGUUGCCACAGAUGA